AUGGCCGAACCCGAGAACGGGGCAACGGAGAGCCCCAACAUUCCUGAGGAGCAAAAGAAAUACUGGAUCCCAUUUUCUCUACGCCGCCCCGCCCUAAUCUCUUUGGCUGCGCUUCUUCUGAUUUUGGCCGUCGCCUGCGAAUUUAUUCGCUCGUACUCCAACCGCCACCAAGGACUCAUCCACCUCAACACAUACCGUGCCCUUGGACUCACUGCUGGACUCUUCGUUUAUGUCCCUACCGGUCUUGCAGUUCUAGUUGUAGCACUAUGGAAUAUCUGCACACUCGAUAUUUUGCGGCUGGAGCCGUAUUUCCAACUGGCAAAACCCGAAGGCACCUCUGGGGCGGCGCUGUUCACCAAUUAUUGCUUCAGCUAUGGCAUUCUUGCCCCCAUAAGGGCAUUCCGGAACAAGCAUUGGAUUGUUUUGGUGGUUUCAUCGGUUUCUUUGAUCAUGCGUACAAUGCUGCCUUCUCUGAUGUCGGGCCUUAUUGUACUUGAGGACGAAAACAUUGUCACGGCCAAGCCCAUCAAUACCUGGCCCAUCCUGGUCAAUCUGGAAACGCAAAGCACCUGGCUGGCUAGCGAGGCCUCUUACUCGAGGAAUACUUCUAUAUUCCAUGCGAAUACGUUCUUCUUCUACCAAACCUACAACUACGCCAUGCCACCCAUCGUGCGGCUACCCGAGGACGACACAGAAAGCUCGACCUGGAAGAUGAAUCAGACGGCUUACUGGGCCGAUAUGAAAUGUGUUGACAUAUCAAUGAAUGGUAUUGUUCCAGAGAGACGGAAUUUUAAUUCCACAAGCAGUGCUUUAGCAUGGAAUGUCUCCAACGUUCAAUUUGAUCAUCUCCCAAGUGGUUCAGCUGACAGCUGCACAAUUAAUUUCACUCUUGAAAGCCAUAUACCGACUGGAAAUGGGCCUUUUCAGGUCCGACAUUGGGAACCUCUCAAUCCUAACGCUACUGUCAACGCGAGUGACACCAUGCAUCACACAGAGUGUGAGUCGUUUGCGUUAUUUGGCAUCGCGAUCAAUGUGGGACCCUCAUCCCAAAACUUCUCUUCUAGUGCCACUGCUUUUGGAUGCACAAGUUCUUAUUUGAAUGCAAGCACCGAGAUUUCUUUUCCGACCAAUACCUCGUUUGUAACUACUGAGCACGUCUCUGGUCCGGUCAGAACAUUGAAUUCUUCACAGCUCAGUAUUUCAAAAUUUGAGAGUCUCAUCUACGCAAAGUACAUCAGUGGUAGUCUGGUGACGCCGAAUGACAGGCUUCAGAUUCCUAGUCUCACCACAUUGACUGGUGUCAAUAGAACGUUAAUCAGUGACCUAAUACCCGCAAAUACGACUGAUUAUCAGGAAGACAUCAUUCGGCUUUGGAAUCACCAUUUCAUCAAUGCAAUGAACCGGUUCUUCAAUACUACUGGCAAUCCAAGAUCAGUCAUUUCACAGCAAACCACAGAGACGGUCCUUUACAAGGUCACCUCUCGCUCGGCUUUGAUAACGGAAGGCAUCCUUUUGGCAGGAUUUGCAUUGCUUCUGGUGCUGGCUUACAUAUACCCACUUCGCCCAAACUUCCUUCUUGCCGAUCCAGGCUCCAUUGCGGCGCAGUGUGCAAUCAUCACGGACAAGUUUUCUAGACCAAAUCCUUUGAUGCGGACAGAGACUGGGUUCCAGCGGGCCACGCCCCGCCGGAUCCGCCAGUUUGCUCGAACCUUAUGGUGUGAGUGGAUCGACACUCCUGAUGGGAAACGGAUUGAUAUCACCACACGCGAGCGCACUCCUGCCCCUUUAGAAUCACUCAAGGCCCGACCGCGUCGCAACCCAAAGCCCCAUUUUCUGAACCUCCCGUGGUUUCUGAUAGAAUGUGCCGUGAUGGCAACUGUACUCGGAGCAUUUGGGGUCGCUUUUCAACUUAUUCGCCUAGACAAGAUUGAUUACGACACAACUGGUGCCAACAUCAUCUACUUUUUCUUGAUAUAUGGUCCUACUAUCAUCGCUUCCAUGAUAAGCACCCUUUAUAUCUCCAUUUAUCGUCACUUGAGUAACCUGGAACCCUGGGUCCGGCUUCAAAAGGGCAUGGCUCCGGCCAAACAAUCGUUAAGUGUGAACUACGGGUCUCAGACUCCUAUCACAUCUUGGAGGACGUUCAGUCCCACUGCACCACCAAUCUUGGUCCUGCUCUCAGUGAUGUGCUUCUUGGAUUUUUUCCUGACCAUUGCCAGCAGUGGCAUGUUUGAGCCGCAGAUAUAUAACUCCACAGUGCCCACAUCGGCAUUGUUCGGCCGGUAUAAUCAAUCGCAAUUCCUAAAGCCUGAUGUCCAAAUGGCUUUCAGUGGCAACAGCUUUAUUUCGGAUGGGUUGAUAACUGGAUAUUCUCUACUAGCCUGGACCACGCCUAACACGUCAUUCUUCCCAUUACGAGUCGAUAUCAAUGACAAGGAUCCAGACUACUUCUACGAGGAUUAUCACGCUCGUACCCGCGGAGUGAGUGUCAACCUCCAAUGCAAGGUAAUACGCUCCAGCGAUUCGUGGCAGGAUCGUGUUGCCCGAAAUACGUACUGGACUUACAAGCCAUACCAAGAUUUGGACACGACUUGCACGGCAAAAUUCCAGCGACCAGCAGAGGAAUAUCGUCUACUCAACGACUCCGUCUAUUUCAGAGCCUCCAUGAACUCGACUGAGGUCUGCGAAAAGUCCUUUGUGGUUAUCAGCUAUGGAGACGUUGAAAAUGGAGAUACAAUCCUUGGGGCAAAUUCAACAACUUUCUACUGCGCACCGGAAAUCCAGCUGCAGGACUUUGACGUCAGUUUUGAUUUCGACGGAAUGAUUGAUGAGUGGAGCCCAGUGGCCGGAACCUCCAUCACAACGGGCGAGAUGUUUCAUAAUGCUUCCGCCAGCCUGGUCCCCUUCACCUCAGCAUUCUUGCGCCAAACCCAAUCGGGCGGGCACGAUGAAGCCCUUCUCGCGAACCAAUACGACUGGGCUGUCGUAUUAACCAGCCAAGUCUAUAACACCCUGACUACCAACGAAGACCCCUUUGACCCAUCAAUCCUAGUAAAAGCUGUGGAACUAGGCUACCAAUCGACCUUCAGUACCUACUUCACUCUGUGGAGGGACAUUUACCUCGGUACGGUCCCGAAAAAUGCAAUGCCAAUCCGCGGAACCGCAACAGAUACAUACUGGGUCAUCGAGCCAUCCAAUCACAUCAUAACUAUAAUCAUCGUUUUCCUCUCACUGGACCUAAGUGUGCUCAUGGCCGUCUUCUGGCUUCGCCACAAACACUAUAAUGGCCCACAAGCUCCGACCUCCUGUGGCGCGCUGAUUCCAUGGAUAGCGCAAAGCCAGAUUCUCUCCGAUGUGCGCGGCACCUCAGAAUGGAGCGAAGCGAAGCGCUGCGAGCAUCUAAACAAAUUGGACAAGAGAUAUCGGUAUGGGGAGUUCAAGAUGUCAGAUGGAAGUAGUCGGCUAGCUUUGGAUCGUGAUUUCAAGCCCCUGGACGACUCGGAUGAGAGAGACUAUGAGAUGGAUGAGCUACCCGUCCACCCGCCUCAUACUGUGUGCGGGUUGGAGUUGAAACAGGAUCAGCAAACGCAUCUGCAGAUAGGACUGUCGUUAGCUGCGACGUCAAGCGCACAUUUGAUAUCCGACAGUAACGAUGGAUCGUAA